CGCGACGCAGCAGCCACCACGUGAGCUCGAUGAUCGCACUGGUUGCUGGCCUCUCGCACUCCCUGCUGGUGGGCGGCCCUCCUACGCGGACAGGCGGCGCGCGCUGCGCCAGCAGCCCGUGCAUGGCCGAGUCGCCUAGGAAGCUCCGUGUCGGCCUCGUCGGUGGCGGCACUGUCGGCGGCGGCAUCGUCACCAUCCUCGAGGGCGCGCGCGAGCUGCAGGCGUCGCUUGGGGUGGACGUGGAGAUCGCGACGAUCUGCGUGCGCGACAAGGCGAAGCCACGCGACUUCCCGCUCCCUGCCGGCUGCGCUGUCGUCGACGACGUGGAGGAGAUCCUCGGCGACGGCAGCAUCGAUCUCGUGUGCGAGGUGAUGGGAGGCACGACGCUGGCCAAGGAGGUGGUGAUGCGCUCGAUCGCGGACGGCAAGCACGUGGUGACGGCCAACAAGGCGCUCAUCGCGGCGGCGCUGCCCGAGCUUCAGGAGAAGCUCGCCGAGGCCAACGCAAAGCAGGUGCUCGGCUCCGAGGGCAAGUUCGGGUUUGAGGCGGCGGUGUGCGGCGGCAUCCCAAUCAUCCACGCGCUGCAGCGAGACUUUUUGGGCGACGAGGUGUCGCAGCUGUCUGGCGUCGUCAACGGCCGCACACUUCCGUCCGUCUCUGGGCAGCCCUCUGGGCAGCCGCCUCGGGGCCUUUUCGUAGGCAUCAUCAACGGCUGCACCAACUUCAUCCUCUCCAACAUGGCGCAGGGAGGCCUCUCCUACUCGGACGCGCUCAAGGAGGC